AAUUACAUCACGAAACUCCUCGGCGCUUCCACGCUGUGCCACGCGCGUCCUCCCUGAGCCUCGAGUCUCUGCUGCGCGUAAAAACCUGGAUCUCCUCAUUACUCCGGGCGCACAGUUCAUUGAAAAGCGGCUUUGUUUCUUUAAGAUGACCCUCGCAGUCAUCGUGGGGCCUGUUCAUUGUUUGGAAACAGAAAGAGACUUGAGGCUGAAACACGGGGGCUGAAGCCAGUGGCGCACAUCAUCACCCAGAGCAGCAGCUGUGGAGUCACCGGGGCCACACUCACGUCCUGACGCUUUGGAUACAGACAUGGGCUGUUAUGACUGCUGUAUGCGUUGUCUGGGCGGAGUGCCGUACUGCUCACUCGUGGCCACGCUGCUGUGCUUCUCCGGCAUCGCGCUGUUCUGCGGCUGCGGGCACCAAGGUCUGACUGAGACGGAGCGGCUCAUCGAGACCUACUUUGCCCGAAACAUGCAGGACUAUAUAACGCUGGCGUACAUAAUUCAGUAUUUCCAGUACAUCAUCUACGGUUUGGCGUCGUUCUUCUUCCUCUACUGCAUCGUGCUGUUGGCCGAGGGUUUCUACACCACCAGCGCCGCCCGGCAAACCUUCGGAGAGUUCCGCAGUACCAUGUGCGGCCGCUGCCUCAGCUCCACGUUCAUCGUGAUGACUUACGUUCUCGCCGUGCUGUGGCUCCUCGUCUUCGCCUUCUCCGCGUUGCCCGUGUACUUCUUCUACAACAUGGACGCCACGUGUCACACCAUAGACGUCCUGACAGAGACUCCGGCCAGUAUCAACCAGCUGUGUGUCGACGCCAGACAGUACGGAUUGCUGCCAUGGAACGCGGUGCCUGGAAAAGCCUGUGGGAUGACGUUAUCUUCCAUUUGUAAGACCAGAGAGUACCGGAUCACCUAUGACCUCUACAUCGCGGCGUUCGCUGGCGCCGGAAUCACGCUCUUGGCUCUGCUGACCUACACUGCAUCCACCACUUAUAACUUUGCUGUUCUGCGAUACUUGGGCAGAAAGGGCAUAGGGUCACGGUGUUAGCCUGUCCCGCGUCUGCCACUCUCCUUCAAGCAUCACCAACUCUGAAAUCUCAAGAAACUUUUGGGUGUUCCGUCUUACUUUUUACAACAACAAAAUGUCACUGUAGUUUUUUCAAAUCUGUUUUGUUUUCUACCAAACACUGUACGGCAUUUUAUCUUUGUUUUUGAUAUUCUGCGCAGCCGAAAACGUCGAAUGAAAUAACCCACUUCUAACCUCUAUCCCACUUUUGUAAACUAACCGAGCUCGAUGGCUAGAAUAACCCGUACUACCGUUACCAUGGCUCCCUCACAUCUGGUCGUCUCGGAGGCGGAUCAUGAAUAUGCAGCUGUGUUCUGACCUCUGCACGGUUCUCACGGGCCACAGAAAAGCUUCAACAAUGGAGUCAGUGCAGCUUUAAAGUGGUGCAGGGAGGGGUCGCCGUGGGGGCCACCUGCAGGGGGCGCUGUAGGGGCCACCUGCGGUAUGACUCUGCCAAGGGUCACGUCUGAGUGGAGGGGGAGGCGCCGGGACAAAGACUAAGGCCAAACGCAGACACACACUCCCAUCUGACCCCGACCUCCUGAAUUAUUCAAAGUUCUGAGUUGACGACUGAAGGAAUGUUGGAUGUUUUGGACCAGUUUGUUUCUGACAAAGACCAACUGUUUUAAUGUAAAAAUGAUCUGAAAAGGUCUCAGUUUCACAGGACUGUGAGUUUGUAAAGGCACUGGGUGCUGCUUUGAGCUUAAACUUAUUGUUGCAGUGUGACUUUCCUGAUGUGGCAGAACUAAACGUCUUUAGGGGACUUUAGGUAGUUAUUGUAUAACACUGUCUUAACUGUUCUGUUAACGCUCCCUAAACGUACUACCUAUUUUUAACUCUUGUUAAUAGAACAAGUGUCCUUUUUUCUUUUUGGUGCAAGCUUUACCCAGCUGAGGAGGAUACAGGGGCAGCUGGCUCUUUUAAUUUCAUAUAAACUUUUGUUUUGUAAAGAACUGUGCCUUAUCCGUGUAAAGUGUUCAGUUUAGCGUUCAGUUUAGCCUUUAGUUUAGCGUUUCUAGUGUUCAUUGCUGUGACUCAUUAGGUCCCAGCUCGAGCAGCUUCAGGAGUGAAUGUUUUGUUGGGCAGUGUGUCAUGUCUCUUUGUGUUUGUGGACAGGUGCAGGGCUCUCUGCAGUUGGCCUUGAGCCAGGUUUACCUGACGAAGCUCCGGCAGCUGCAGAGAGAGGAGAGAGAGCGCUGUGACCUGUACGGCCAGCUGCAUAGAGACCAAGAGGGGGCGCUGUGCUCCCCUUAUGCAGACACAGCUGAUCUGUGACAUGCCUCCUGCAGCACAACAGUUUGGAUUAACCUGUAGUUUCACUUUCUAUCAUCAUGUAUUUGUAGUGUUACUUUUAUUGAUGGUUGAGUUGUUCCUUUUGCUAGUUUGUGUUGUGAUGUGAACAAUGAUGUGGUUAUAGUUAUGUAAUGAUGUUCUUUUGAAACUGUUAGUGUAGUACGCACUUGAGACCUUAUUUAAUAGAAAAUAAAAAUGCUGAUGCACGUGUUUUCAAACUG